GAAGAGAAGAGGAAAAGAAAGACCUUUUCAGCUUCAUAAUUUAUAUCAUAAUAUAUAUCUUAUCUCUCUACUCACCACUCUGUUCCUUUCCUUUGUUUUUCUUUUUUCUUCAAUUAUUUUCAUUAUUUACGAAUCUCUGUUCUUCAUUUUUGUCUCUCUCUCUCUCUCUCUACUUUCUCUCUCAUUUCUUCAUUAUUGGAAGUGAAUCAAUUCAACUGCGCAUGCAAAAGCUGUUGCCAAAUUUCAGAUCUGUCUCUGCGUUUCGAUAUUUCCUCCACGAAAGAGAAUUAAUCAAUUAAAUUAAGUUGUUACCGUACCGGCGAAUGGAAAUCGUCGGCCGCGGCGGCGGGGAGAAUCUGGACUCGCAAAACCUCCGAGAUUUUCUCAGAAUCAAGGAGGAAGGGAAUCAGAGCACCUCCUCCGGUAGCGGCGGAGGUCUAACGUUAUUCGCCGUCCUCAGCGACAAAAGACCACCGCCGCCGCUCGACGAACCGAUGCAGCGCGUCAACUCGAAUCGGACUUUGCUAGACAUCAUCCGUGAGGACCAAACCUCCGGACUCGGCGUCGGUGGCCGGAAAGACGCCAGAAGGAGCUGGCGGCACUUGAAGGACAAGAUCCGCCUCCGCCGCAGGGGAAGCGACGACGUAUGGUCCUCCUCCACCGUCCCCAUCCCGUCGUCCGACGUUCCCCUCAACAACAACCGCCGCAUGCUGAUGAUGGCUCGCCGUCCCUCAACCCGAUUCAACUCAAACCUCGACUCGGCCGAGUCAACCCAGGCGAGUUUGCGCACGAAUUACCGGUCCGCGAGCGGUAGAUACGAGCACUUGAGUUCAUCGCCGAGGAGGCGGUUGAUUGUCGAAGAAGAGGAAGAACACGGCGGCGACACCGUGGACGAUGCGGCGGUGGUGGGCGGCGAUGCGGCGGAGCAGCCGGUGAGAAUGUCGUUGAUGGCCUUAUUGGAGGAGACCGAUAGACAAAUGGGACUGGAACGGUCGUCGUUCGUAGUGGUUGAGGAUGACGACGAGGUGGAUGAGGAGGAUAGCGGCGGCGGAAGCAGCGCCGCCGCGAACGGCGGCGUAGGGUCCAACAAUUGUUGCGUGUGCAUGGUGAGACAUAAGGGGGCGGCGUUUAUCCCCUGCGGGCAUACGUUCUGCAGGCUGUGCUCCCGGGAGCUGUGGGUACAAAGAAAGCAUUGCCCACUCUGCAAUAAUUACAUCUUGGAAAUUCUUGAUAUCUUCUAAUUCAUCAAUUUUAAUUGCCCUGAAAAAUCUUUUUCUUAAACAAAAUUACUGCGUUUUAAUUUUGGUGGGUUUUUAAUGGUAAAUAAGAUAUUUUAUUAUUUAGAAAAUUUGAAUAUUUAAGAAAAAAAAAAAAAAAGAACUCCAUUCCCCCUAAGUCUGGGCUUAAUAUUGGGUCACCGACGCAAUUUACUGGACACAUUUGAAAUCAAUUGGGGCUUGGAAAAGUUUUUAUUUAUUUAUUUACUAUAAAGUUUAAUUGAAUGGUAUGGCAAUGUGGUUUUGCUACAAGGAAAUAUUAUUAUCGAAGUUUUGCUUGAUAUAUUUUCUAUAAUUAAAAGUAUACAUCAAA